AUGGUCGUUGCGACAAUCAAGUGCGUCGUCGUCGGCGACGGUGCGGUCGGAAAGACAUGUCUUCUUAUCAGUUAUACCACCAACAAGUUUCCCUCGGAAUACGUUCCUACUGUCUUCGACAACUACGCCGUGACCGUCAUGAUCGGUGAUGAGCCAUACACCCUCGGUCUUUUCGAUACUGCCGGACAGGAAGAUUACGACCGCCUGCGACCUCUGUCAUACCCCCAAACCGACGUCUUUCUCGUCUGCUUCUCCGUAACUUCGCCCGCUUCUUUUGAGAACGUCCGCGAGAAAUGGUUUCCCGAAGUACAUCACCACUGCCCGGGCGUGCCCUGCCUUAUUGUCGGCACACAAGUAGAUCUUAGGGAGGACGCUGCAGUAAAAGACAAGCUCUCAAAACAGAGGAUGGCACCCGUGAAGAAGGAGGAUGGUGAAAAGAUGGCGCGAGAGCUGGGCGCGGUCAAGCUAUCGUGGCAGCACUUGAACCACCAGCAGCAAAGAAAGAGGGCGGCGAGAGGAAGAAGGGCAAAAAAUGUAUUGUCCUCUGAGAUGCUUGACCGGCCGUUGCGUUCGUACGAUCGCAUGCUGGGAGCAUUGGCGAUUCGAGCAUUUCACACUGUUGAGCUACUACCAACCCGGGUGGUCACCUCUAAGCCCUUUCACCCGCUUAACUUCCACCAAUUUGGAGCACAUCACACACUUGGACGACGUAUUGAAACUAUGUCACACCGAAACGUCGACGAUAGGAAACGCCCGCCACCGAUUGUCAUCCCAAGCUCGUUGCCGCCUCCUCGGCCUCCUCCAGACGCCGCGCCUAGCAACCAGCAGAAGCAGCAACAUACCAGGAACGCGUCCACUUCAAUCAAAAGCCAGCGCUCGACCAGUACCACCCCACUACUUUCGCCUGUAGAGUCGCAUCAUCCAGCUUCGGGUUCAAGCCGCAGCCGCAACGCCAUGGCCACAUUCACCAACUUGAUUGAUCAGGCACGUGUCUCGUCUCCCCGCAAGUCGGAACAUGGAUCCUGGGCAGGUAGCAAUGUUGGUUCUGCGGCACGCUCGAGGCAGUCCGGGCGCAGCCAGUACGACGCUGUGGCUGCGCAGGCCCGGCUUGAAGCUCUCGACGAAGAAACAGCUAGGGGAAAGAUGGAAUCUCGCGCUGAGAAGAGUUUAUUCAAGUUGACAGGUCAAAUUCCGCCUACACCGACAGCUGAUUCUGCAGAUGAGGAUGACGUUUAUAUCAGGACUCAAGACCUGCGACAACAGUGCCGAAUUGCAAAUGGAGAGCAGCAGCCAGACCGUGACGAGCCACCCAAGAGUCCCAAGAAGAAGCUAUUCCAGAACCUUCGCAACACUUUCUCCAAAUCUUCCAGUGCUGCACCGCCACCAGCGAUGCCAAAUAAAGCUGCACAGAUUCUUGGAACAGCAGCACGACAGGCUCGCGUCAUCCCAGUCCGGCCCAUCAAGCCAGCGCGCCUCAUAGAGACAACGCCAACGAGGGCUCCGCGCUCGGAGACGGCAAACUCGCUGCCCCCAAAAAUAGCUAAUCCGGAUAGCUAUGCCCAUCGCCAUCACAAUGGAUCAUCGCGCCGUAAUCGCUCGAGUGGUCGUGGCUCAUCUGCCAAGGGUGGUCCGAAGAAGCAGUCCUCUGACAUAGAGAGUGCUCCUCGAGCACCCGAAGUCAGUGACUCACUCGAAUCACUCGAUCCACCUCCUCCACCCGCAAAGGACACUCCUCCAGCGGGUCAGAGGCCCGCCAGCCCACUUCGCAGGGCUGUGCCAUUGCGCGAUCUUCGUGAGAGCUACUCUACCUUCACCAAUGGCAUUGGAGUUGUGCGAUUUCCAGAUUUUGACCUGUCACCCUCUUCCUCAACUGGUAUUCUGCCGGAAGAUGGUGGCACGAGCCCUACAAAGUUCCUACCGUAUACCGCAGAGGAGUACUCUAAGCUUAUAGGAGGUGAAGCCAUGCAAUGGCCCUAUUCUGACUGUAACGGUUCGCCUAGUAAGAUAGGUGUUAAGAGCCUGACUCCGUUGACAAGCGAGAAUCUUGUGUUGCAACUUCCUCAUCCGGACCGCAGGAGUGAAGAGCGUACGAGUGCAAUGCUAGACGACGACAACAAUAACAACGUAGAUGCAUACAGCCCUCUACAUCCGCGCUUUUACUCUCCAACUCACCUCUCUGCUCGUGGCUUCGCUGAAGGUGAAACUCCUUCAAAGAAUUCUGAUAACACCCGUCUUCUCUACUCACUUCCCGGAAGGUCGCUAUCAGUCCUCCAUCUUCGCGAAGAAUCAAACGACGGCUCAAUCAAGAUGAUUUUCCAGGGAGACCGCCAGGAUAUUGAUCCGCAAUCCCCAACUGCACACGAAAUAGACGAGAACGAGCAGCGCAGUCAGACCGGUGAUAAGCGGUCCGACGUUGGCAUUACCACUCGCGUCAUGCAAGAGCUGCGUAUUGGAGAGAAGAACGGGAACUUGGCUCAGAAGAAUGGCGACUCUAGCCAGAUUCAGCCUGAUCAGUCUUCCUCGAGGCUUACCGAUAUGCUCAAUACUGUCGGUCCAGGUCGGAGCGAGUCCCACGGCGAGUUCCAGCCUUACUGCCCCAGCGCCGUUCCCAGUCCGCUCCACAAGGUUCCUGGUCCCCAAAUUUCAGCGCAGUUGAUGAUACCUUCUGGCAGAUCAUGCAAUGCUUUCCCUCCACUAUUUCCGCCCAAGACCAUCGAUGACCACUUCUUCAUGACUAACGAGCACCUCGAUGUGGUGGGCAAGACCACUUGGGAUCUUCUUGAGACAUUCAACGAGAAGCAGAAGAGCACGUCGAAUGCAAGACAGGAGGAGAUCUUGGCGCUGGUCAGUACGCGCUUUGAGCAGAUAUCAUCCCAACUGGUAGCCGUCAAGGACAGUGCCAAACGCAUCGACGAUUGUAUAGUAGACAACCAGCAGAACGUCCAUGCUAGUAUUAACAGCAUAUCCGACUGUGUCAAGGAGACCAUACCGAAGGCCUUUGCAGAGCAAGACAAAAAGAUGACAAGCAUGGAGGCGGAAUUGAGGGAGAUGAAGCAGAUCAUUCAGGCUUUGCAGAAGUCGGUAGAGCAAAAGGCGACAGAGGCCAAAGCUCUUCAACAGUACACUCCCACUGGUCAGGGCAACGCUGCGAGCAUCUCACAGGCCCCAUUCCCUUCACAUAAUCCACGCUCUCAGCAUUCCUUCCAGAGCUACUAUGGGGGCAAUUCUGAAGUUAUCCGCGAUGGACAUUCGGUGUUGCCGCAUAACAUGGUAUCUCCUCAAGACAAUCACGACGACCCUCGUUUUGGUUAUCAGGCCAACAACCAGUGGACUACGCGUCCUGCCUAUUCUAACCGCAACACCAAGGAAGAUCGUACAUCUUACCCUACAAACCCCUACCACAACAUGGCAGGUCAAUACAACAACGGCUACGAUGGCAGCUACUCUUCUUACGCCUAUCCCCCUCAUUCUCUCAGCCCUCCCGACCAGCACUUCACUUUCAACAACCAGGGUAAUCAGGGACAGACCAAGUGA